CACUGAGACACUGUGGGCUAGUUUUUUGCACUGUAAUUUCUUUUACUUGGUUUGUAAUUAACUAUUUAUAUUUUAAUUUGUAAUUAAUUAUUCAUUUUUAUAUUUUAUUUAAACCAGUCUUCUUCUGACAUGUGAAUUAACAGCUUUCCAGAAUUUGCAGCCAAUUUUUUUUUAUUAUUGAGUUAAUAAGUAACUUAUUUAUAUUUUAUUUAAACCAGUCUUCAUCUGACAUGACUUAUGUGGUGUACCUUAACAAUGCAUCAUUUAUUUACCCUCCCACAUUCUAUAUCAAUGGAUUUUACAAUGUGCCGAAUGCAAAGUAUUAUUAUAUAUUUUUAUGCUUUGUGUAUGCCGUGACUAUUUUAGGUAAUUCUUUUAUAAUGGGCACUAUUUACCUGGCUCGUGCUCUUCACACAGCAAAGUAUAUAGCUGUCAUAAAUUUAGCUAUGUCUGAUUUGUGUGGAAGCACUGCUUUAAUUCCGAGGUAUGUAGACAUGUUUUUGUUUAAUAAGCAGUAUAUAUCUUAUGGAGAGUGUCUGUCAAGCAUGUUUUUUAUGUUUUUCUUCAUGUCCAUGCAGUCUUUUACUCUGCUUGCUUUGGCCUUUGAUAGAGUCAUUGCUAUAUGUUUUCCUCUGAGGUAUCAUGCUAUUGUCACCAAAACUACAAUGAUGAUGAUCGUUGCGGUUAUGUGGGUUAUCUCUGUGUGUAUUAUUGCUCUUCUUGUAUCUCUGAUAACCAGACUCACCUUCUGUGGGUCUAUAACAGUUGACAGUUAUUACUGUGAUCAUGGUCCUGUCUACAGACUUUCAUGUAAUGAUCAAUUUCCUAAUCGCGUAAUGGGCUAUGUUUAUGCUGCUGUUAUGAUUUUUAUUCCAUUGUUAUUAAUAGCAUUUUCAUAUGGUUGUAUUGCUUUUGCAUUAUUUAAGAUCUCACAUGGUGGUGAGCGAAUGAAAGCUAUGAAAACAUGCACUUCCCACCUUAUAUUAGUGGCUAUGUUUUAUCUACCAAUCUUAACAGUUUAUUUCCUUGCGUCUACAACAUAUUUACAUCCAAAUACUAGAAUAAUUAACUCUAUCUUAACACAAACUGUUCCACCUAUGUUAAACCCAAUCAUAUAUACUCUAAAAACAGAGGAGGUAUUACAGUCUAUUAAAGUACUGUACAAACGGAUCAAGGUGGACAGUAUGGAACAGCCUGUAAAAAGCAUUGUUAAGAAAAAAGCAGUUCAGGUUGACCUGGUUGCAUUAAGCAAAACUCAGGCAUGAGUUUCAAAUGCAUAAUUGUGUUUUUAGAUUCAGUUAUUUUUAAAUAAAGGACAUUUAAAAAAAACUGCAUAUUUACCUCUCACAUUAAUAUAUAUGUAUAUACAUAUAGCGAUCCAAUUCUUGUAGCCUAUAUAUUUAUCUAUAGAAAAACAUUUUGUAUACAUUGUGUAUAGAAGAUGCAUUUGUUAGUUAAAGAGACAUGACAGCAAAUAUAACAAAACAAAAUAUCUAUAAUUUAUUAUUAAAAUGUUAUUAAAUUCCUGAACUGUCUUGUUAUGAUGGCUCUCUCUGCUGG